ACGGGGCGGGACCUCGUCGGGUACGUGAUAUCACGUGAGCCGGCGGGCCCUCGGUUGGAAGCGACGGCGGCCGGUCGUUGGGAGGGACCGUCUCUGGACAGGCAAUGUCUUGUUGAGUUUCAAGCCAAGACCCCUCAUCGGAAAUGGGAAGAAAGAAGAACAGGAAUUCCAGCUUCCAUUGAUGCUGCUUGACCUGCUGAGUUCCUGCAGUGUCCUGCUCCAGAUUCCCAACAUCUGCAAACUCUUGCAUCUAUAAGGAACGGGAUUGUGAUCGCUCUUUGUGCUGGGUCAUUGCCAACCCCUCACGCAGCCAUGUCGUACGGAAGAAUUGAAGACAGCCGCUUUAGCUACCACUCACAGCCGCAGGACUUUAAUACACUCAUUCAAACAUGCAGUACCAACAUCCAAAAGAUUACACAGAAUACUGCACAGAUUAAUACAUUGGUGCAACAACUGGGAACACAACAAGAUACAAGUGAACUUCAGGACAGACUGCAGCGUCUGCAACACUACACAAACCAGGUAGCAAAGGAAACCAAUAAUCAUCUGAAGGAGCUCGGAUCCCUACCUUUAACAUAUACUGAGCAGCGCCAGCAGAGAAUACAGAAGGAGCGUCUCAUGAACGAAUUUUCUGCGGCCUUGAACAACUUUCAAGCAGCGCAGCGAAACGCUGCAGAGAAAGAGAAAGAAUCUGUAGCAAGGGCAAGAGCAGCGUCGCGCCUCUCAAGUGGCCUCAGUGAUGAUGAACAUAAAGAAGAGCAACUUGUGUCAUUUGAAGGUAACGAAGACUGGAAUCGGAUACAAGCUCAGUCUGAAGACGCGAUAACAGAAGAAGACUUGCAACUGAUUAAGGAACGAGAAACUGCAAUCCGGCAACUUGAGGCCAACAUCUUAGAUGUCAACCAGAUCUUCAAAGACUUGGCAAUAAUGAUCCACGAUCAAGGAGAUAUGAUUGAUAGCAUAGAAGCAAAUGUGGAAAGUGCUGAAGUACAUGUUGAGCAAGGGGCUCACCAAUUGCAAAGGGCAGCAUAUUAUCAGAAAAAAUCCCGCAAGAAGAUAUUCAUUCUGAUUGUAGUCCUCGCAGUUGUUGCUGUCAUUUUAGGCCUUAUUAUCUGGUGGGCAUCCAGAAAAUGAACUUGCUGCUUCUCUACACAACAAACUGUACAGAAAACUGAUGUCAGUGGGAAAAUCUACUGGCUAUACUGUAAUUUGAAUUGCAGAGAAUUUCAUGGAUUGUGACCAAGCGCCAAGAAAUUGGUUAUUUGUGAAUAUAUGUAAAGUCAGUAAGAUUUAGCCUUCUGUAUGUGCACUGUAAAUUAUAUGUAAUCGUCUUGAGUUUUACCAGCAUAUUUUCAUUCCUUUAUCAAGUAGAUUUUCUAACAGCAUGCAAAUGGUCCAGGGUUCAGAAUCACCUGGCCAGUUUUUCCAUCUGGGGGAGUCCCACAUGACGAUGAUCCUGAACAUUGUCCGCCCAAUCUACUGUCGUCGUGAUUUGUUUAAACAUAGUCCUAGAUCUUUUUAAAGCUGAGUCAAACAUUGAUUUUUUGCAGUGGAAUAGAACUCUUUAAAUUCUGUCGUGGUGAAACCGCAUAAUGAGGUGGGUUUGGAGGCAUAUAAUAGCGAGCAGCAAUAGUUCAUAAGCAAAUGUCACUGUACCCAAAUCACUACUUUCAAGUAGAUACUACAAUACCUUUUUUGCAUUAAUACUUUUAUUAAUGGAAACAUUUUAAAAUCUUCCACUUGUGGUCUUGAUUUCCCAAAGCUUUCAUUUUCUUUUGUUUCAGUAUUCUUUCAGAGAUUGGUAUUCCAAGUCAAAGCAAGGGUUUAAUUACUCAAAACCUGUGAAGCUUAUCUGAUUCCUGUACCAACUAAGUGUCUGUCCUAGAACUUUUUUUUUUCUCUCUAGGAGUUCUGCAUAGAGUACAAAUUAAUGCUGAAAGAAAAUCACUAGAAAAUAUUAUGACAUUUCCAAUUAUUGGGAUACAGCAAUUAUAUUUUUGUAUGUGGGAGUGAUGAAAUCAAAUCUGCCCUGAAAUUAUUUUCCCACUUUUAAAAACCCCCUUAAGUGUUUAUAUUACAUGCUGAAACAAACUAUACUUAUAAUUGCUUGCCUCCAAGUCUUUUCCUUUCCGAUUAGAAUGUUGGAGUGCAUUGAGUGAUGGUCAUCAGAGCUUUCUAAGGACUAGAAGUGUGCGGUGGUUAGGUAUUCCAUGGUACUUGCACUACAUGGAUACUGUAAAACUUGGCCGUGCAGUCUAGAGCCUUAUGUGGAUUCGAACUCUUCUCAGCAUUCUCAGUGAGGUUUCUUCUGCUGUUAGCCAGACCUGAACAAAAUGUUGCAUGAGGUUUGUGGGAAUGGGGCAAUAUUACACACAGAAUAUUAAUUGUUCUGCAUCUUUAUUAGGUGAAAGAUGAGUGAAGGAAGCAGCACAUCUCUAGAAAAUAAAGGAACAUUGAAAGUUCAGUGUUGUAGUUUUAGGAGGUUUGAUUUAACCUAAUCAUGCACAGUUCAGUGUUUUUAAAAAAAAUAUUCACAGUACUAUGAUUUACUGUGGAUUUAGCUUUUCUCCCCCUCAAUAAAUUUCCACAGAUAGGAUGUACUCUUAAUAUAUUUUGUACCCAUUGGUUUUGCAGAGCUGAGUAGAAAGCUGCUAGUCCUGGGCUUUAAAACUUCUGCUGUGUGGGUGUGCUCAGUAUGAAUUUGAAUCUCUUUACUCAGUCAUUCCACUUCCUGCAUUGUACAUUUUAUCAUAUUAUACUUGAAAAAAAUGGCACUUUUGAUUAUGACAUUUUCUGAAUAAAUGUAAACUAAUGUGAUUUUUUUUUGGUCAGCAAUAUAUAUAGGAGGCUUGAGAAUAAAGGUGUACUUAUACCACAGAUACUAGUCAUGUUGUAUUGGGUUUGUGGAUUCAAACUCUUCCCAGCAUUCUUGCUAUUUUUUUUCUUCCUGUUCUCAGCCAGACUUGUUUCUUUCCCUUGGUAGGAUUAAGAUGCUUCAUUAGCAAUGAUUUAGUCUUAGCAGUGGUCAGAGAUUUCCUUUUUGUCUGUUGCAUGUUAACAGCCAGACUCCCACUGCUCCACUUUGUCACAUGAACAAGGGUUCCAAUGCAGCAUCACCUGUUCUAAAAAAAGACUGAAGAAACCUUGAAUAGAUGACAAAUACUUUAGGAACCAGGAGAGAAUGAGAGUUGUAAAAUCCUUGAAGGGUAGUCUAUAAGUUGUGGAAUGAGUUCAAGAGUUGAGAUGAGCAAAGUUACCCACACUGGUUCAACUGCUUGAUGGUUAAAGGGAUAAUAACAGUUCCUGAACCUGGUAGUGUGGGACCUAAGGCUCCUGAUGGCAGCAGCAAGAAGAAAGUGGCCUGGAUGGCUGGAGAAGAUGCUGCCAGUGAACAACGUGACCGAGGGCAGCAUCCUCCAGACCACUCACGAACUACUUUCACCUUUACAACUUUCUUUCAAGUGUAGUUCUGCUACUGUUGGAGCCUAUGAUCUACGUUUUGGCGGUGUGUUUUCUGGCCGAUUGAGCCAUCUGGCGCUUUGCUGUCUCGCAGAGGCUGUUCCAUGAUGCAUGCAGCCUCGGGGCCAAGAAGCACGGAGAUGGGGUGUACUGGUAGACUCCAUUUCUCACCGAUUAAAGCACCGAGGAAGACUGAAAUGAUCGAGGUGAGUGGAUGGUGAGUCGGUGUUCAGCGGUAUCUUCCAGCCUCUCACCCACUGCCGUCAGAGUCUCUCCCUCGAUGGUGCUGGAGUCCUGGAUCUUGGGCAAAGUUUAACCAACACGGUUUGUGGAUUGGACGUUAUGAUAUACUUCUAGUUUGCAGUCGCUAUUUUUUUGUUGCUGUUUUGGGGGAUUUUGAUCAGGGCAGGCUGCAGAUACUAAACGACGCAUCCCUAGAACUAGAACUGAGCUGAAUGGAAUGUGCCUGGAAUUGCAGUUUUGUUUGAUGUCCUAUGCCGUUUGUUCGUUUUUAUUGCUGUUUGCUCAAUUUGUUUUUGUGUGUGGGGGAGGGUCAGUUGAUGUUUCUCCGUUCCAUGGUUUUCUUUGUUUAUUGGCUGUCUGUGAGAAGACUAAUCUUGUAUACUGCAUACAUACUUUGAUAAUAAAUGUACUUUGAAUCUUU